AGGACUCUACACCAGAGAGUAAAACAGUCUGUUUUACAUUUGGCUGUAAAUAAUGCUGUCUCCACAGUUGUUCCACAAAAUCUUAGCAGUAGCUUUUUCUCUGCUCCUGUACUGUGCUCAAGGUUCAGAUCUGCUGGUUGAUAGUGAAAUGGAAGGUGUUAUCUGUCAAAUAGAACAUCGGAUUUCCAGACUUGAAAGAGUCCUCCACUUCCUAAAGAUGAUAACAGCAUCUGGCAGAAAAAUAUUUGCUACCAGUGAGAAAAAAGCUGAUUUCCAUACUACAUUGACAAAAUGCAAAGAGGCUGGAGGGUCUAUUGCCACUCCAAGGAACCCAGAUGAGAAUGAUGCCAUUCUGUACUUUGUGAAAACUUUUAAUACCUAUGCCUACCUGGGGAUAAAGGAAUGUCUAAUUCCAAGCAGAUUCCAGUCCCUGGGCAGUACACAGCUGAGCUAUACUAACUGGCAUUUAAAUGAACCUUCUGGCAAAGGGGAAGAGGAAUGUGUGGAGAUGUACACUGAUGGCACUUGGAAUGACAAAAGCUGCAACAAGAAUCGCCUUAUUGUCUGUCAGUUCUAGUGCUUCCCCCUGCUGCUCUCUGCCAGGCUCCCUGGAAUAUGCUUGCUUAUUCCUUGUCUCUUCAUCUGUAGCUAGUGAACUCAGAUAAUACAGCAUGAAAAAUAAAAGUCACUUUUUCCUAGCCUGAUUUGUAUUUUAAACAAAUG